GGUGAAGCUGAAGCGGGAGGAGGUGCGGGGAGCGAGGCUUUGGUGCAGCAUUUCGGGCGCCCUCCCUCAUCUCUCUGCGGUGAAUGGCGGCGGGAUGGAGCGCGAGGGGAGUGGCGGCAGCGAGGGGUCGGCGGGACUCCUGCAGCAGAUCCUCAGCCUGAAGCUCGUGCCGCGGGUGGGCAACGGGACCCUGUGCCCCAACUCCACUUCUCUCUGCUCCUUCCCAGAGAUGUGGUAUGGCGUGUUCCUGUGGGCACUGGUGUCCUCGCUCUUCUUUCAUGUCCCCGCUGGAUUGCUGGCCCUCGUCACUCUCAGACAUCACACAUAUGGUAGGUUCAUGUCUGUAGGCAUCCUGUUGAUGGGCAUCGUGGGACCAGUUGCUGCUGGCAUCCUGACAAGUGCAGCCAUUGCUGGAGUCUACCGAGCAGCAGGGAAAGAGAUGAUACCAUUUGAAGCCCUCACCUUGGGCACUGGACAGACUUUCUGUGUGGUGGUGGUCUCCUUUUUACGGAUUUUAGCUACUCUAUAGCAUACGCCCUGAUGCUGUGAUGUCAGCCUGAGCCCUCAAAGAAUACAUCAUAGAGCACACAGUUCUUAGUUCUUCAAAUGGAAGUGACUUGGAUAACCAGGAGUGUGGACAGCUCAGCCCAUCUUCACUUCGAAGCUCCAGCAUUGAAGAUCUUAGCAGACUCCCAUCCUUCUCAGGAGAAACAAACGUUCCUUGGCUUUCUUUUUUUUUUUUGAGGAUAUUGAAGAACUUUUACACAUGCAUACCUUGACCCAAACCAGGCCACCGAUGCCUCUGGAUUGGUAUUCCUUGCACUAGUAUUUUCUGUAUUCUGUGAGAAAAUGCAGUGUCGCAUAUUUCAGAGAUAUGUGGGAAAUACUGGUUUCUUUCAAGUGAGCACAGUUCACUGUACUAAACUCUUAAUUGAUCUAAUCUUGAUUAAAAUUUGGCAGACUCUUCUUUUGCUACAUCUUCGUGAUGAUGACGCCAAGUAGAUUUUGAUUGAGUAUAACUUUGAGAACAAAUUUGGUGAAAUAGAAAAGGGAAAAUUGAAGCAUAACUCAAGUAGUGGCUUUGGUUCCACUUUCAAAGAAAAAGAGAGCUACUGAGAAUGUGAUAUCUCUGGUAAUUAUCUUGACCUCUGAUUAUUUAAUGUAUUUUAAGAGAUGUGAAUUUAUGUUUUGUACAUUGAUCAGAAUAAGCUAGCUAAUUGAGACUUUUUGGUGUUUUGUGGGCUUUUUUGUUUUGUUUUGUUUUGUUUUGAGACAGGGCCUCACUGUGUAGACCAGGCUAGCCUUGAACUCAAGAUUCUCUUGC